AUGGAAGAGACAAGCCUGAGAAAAAGGAGAGAGGAUGAGAAGUCAAUCCAGAGCAUCGAACACAAGACCACAAAUCUCCAAAAGGAGCUGGGCCUGUUCAGCGGCAUCUGCAUCAUCGUGGGCACCAUCAUCGGCUCCGGGAUUUUCAUUUCCCCCAAGUCUGUGCUCAGCAACAUGGAAGCCGUGGGACCCUGUCUCAUCAUAUGGGCGGCUUGUGGGAUUCUUGCGACACUGGGCGCUCUGUGCUUUGCGGAGCUUGGCACGAUGAUCACCAAGUCGGGGGGCGAGUACCCUUACCUGAUGGAAGCCUUUGGCCCCAUUCCUGCCUAUCUCUUUUCCUGGACCAGCCUGUUCGUCAUAAAGCCCUCGUCCUUUGCCAUCAUCUGUCUCAGCUUCUCUGAGUACGUUUCUGCGCCCUUCUACUCAGGCUGCAGCCCUCCUCAAGUGGUCAUUAAACUCCUGGCUGCCGCUGCCAUCUUGCUCAUAACCACGGUGAACGCGCUGAGCGUGCGGCUGGGGAGCUACGUCCAGAACGUGUUCACAGCGGCCAAGAUGGUGAUCGUGGUCGUCAUCAUCAUCAGCGGACUUGUCCUCCUGGCCCAAGGAAGUACAAGGAAUUUUGAAAAUUCUUUCGAGGGCACAAAACUGUCUUUGGGAGCCAUCGGUCUGGCGUUUUAUAAUGGACUCUGGGCGUAUGAUGGAUGGAAUCAACUCAACUAUAUUACAGAAGAACUUAGAAACCCUUUCAGAAACCUGCCCCUGGCCAUCAUCAUCGGGAUCCCGCUGGUGACAGGGUGCUACAUCCUUAUGAACGUGUCCUACUUCACUGUGAUGACAGCCACCGAGCUCCUGCAGUCCCAGGCUGUGGCCGUGACGUUUGGCGACCGCGUCCUCUACCCCGCCUCGUGGGUCGUUCCACUCUUCGUGGCGUUUUCAACCAUCGGCGCCGCUAACGGGACGUGCUUUACGGCGGGCAGACUUGUUUACGUUGCAGGCCGGGAAGGCCACAUGCUUAAAGUGCUCUCUUAUGUUAGCGUCAAGCGCCUCACUCCAGCCCCUGCCAUCAUCUUUUAUGGUAUCAUAGCGAUCAUUUAUAUCAUCCCUGGUGACAUAAACUCAUUAGUCAAUUACUUCAGUUUUGCUGCAUGGCUGUUUUAUGGCUUGACCGUCUUUGGACUAGUUGUGAUGAGGUUUACGAGGAAAGAACUGAAAAGGCCUAUCAAGGUGCCCAUUGUCAUCCCCAUCUUGGUGACUCUCUUAUCCGUGUUUUUGGUUUUGGCCCCAAUCAUCAGCCAACCUGCAUGGGAGUAUCUCUACUGUGUGUUAUUUAUGCUGAGCGGCCUUAUAUUUUAUUUCCUUUUUGUCCACUAUAAGUUUGGAUGGGCUCAGAAAAUCUCAAGGCCUCUCACCAUGCACCUUCAGAUGCUGAUGGAAGUCGUCCCCCCAGAGGAGGCUCCAGAGUAA